AUGAACCGCGAACAAUUGACCGCCCUGGGCGAAAAGGCCUUUGCUGAAAAGGUGCCGACAAUGCUCUGGUCAGACCGAGAGACGCUUUUCGAGGAUGGAAGUGAGGAUAUCGACAUUAUCAGGUCCCGUGCAUCAGAGCCUGGUACCGUCGAAGCCGUCUCGACUGCUCUCACUUCUGCUAUCGAGGAUGAAGAUUACGAUACAUUGAGGGUGCAUCAGAAAGCCUUGUACUCUGUCCUUUUCAAGCUCUCCCUCGAAAAGCUCCAGCUUUAUCGACCAGCUUUGGCUGCACUCGCCGCAUUUGACAUCUCAGAAUUUGCGCAUCGCUCAUCCCAUCACGCCCAGACGUCUAUUCUCAUUCAGAACGCCGGUCUUCUUGAGCGCUUUGCCGCAGAUCCCAAAGCAGUUUGGGUCAGCAAGGACAAAUUCGACAUGGUCAGCGAUCGCACGCUUACAGAGCGUGUUCACACUGCUGAAGAGAUGAGGCCGUACAUGCCUGAGCUGUUUGGGUGGCUUGUUGACGCGAACAAUCCGGCUUUCACGCCAUGUCGAGACCAGCUCGCUCGAUUUCCUGAGACUGCGGCUGCUGUUGCAGCGGAAUUUCUGGCCAAGGCAAAUGAAGAGAAGGAUACGGAAUAUCAGCACUUCCUGAUUGACUUUGUAUAUGACUGUGUGCCUGUUGGUAAGAGCUGGAUGCCGAUGCGAGAACAUGUUCAAGCGCUGGUGAAGGACUUGGAGCGUAGUUCGGAUGAAGAUGAUGGGGAGCUGGUAGGCGAAGCCAACGAAUGGUUGACUAGAUUGGAGCAAUGGGAGUCUUUGGGUAAGGAAUAA